AUGGCAGAUCUGAAGAAAGAUGAGAGGCAAACGAAAUUCGUAGGAGUACGGAAGAGAAACUCAAAAUAUUCAGCAGAAAUAUGGGAUUUCAGAAAAAAGAAGCGUGUUUGGCUUGGCACUUUCAACACCCCCGAGGAGGCUUCUUUCGUUUAUCUUUCCAUGAAACGUGAGAUUGACGAAUAUAAGGCUAAGUUAUUUGCCAAAAAGAUUCCCUCUCAAAAUCCAUCCUCAACCCUAGAUUCUCCAUCUCACGUCCAACUUUCCGACAAAAACGAUGUUUCUGAUGGAACCAGCAGCCGUAGCGCCGCCGUCCUGGAAGAGCAAGAUUCCGAAGAAAACGAGGAUUCUGAUGAAACCCGCAGCCGUAGCGCCGCCCCGGGUGAAAAAGAGCAAGUUUCCGGCGAAAACGAGGUUUCUGAUGGAACCCGUAGCGCCGCCGCCAUGGAAGGGCAAGUUUCUGGCAAAAAAGAGGUUUCUGAUGAAACCAGCAGCCGUAGCGCCGCCGCCAUGGAAGACCAAGUUUCCGACAAAAAUCAGGUUUUUGAUGAAACCCGUAGCCAUAGCGCCGCCGCCGUGGAAGGGAAAGACGAGGUUUGUGGAUAUCAAGAUGACAAAUUAGGGUUCAUCAACGGUGUGCAAGUGUUCGAUGAGUAUGGGAUUUUGGUGGGGGAAUUCAGCCACAUCGAUGAUCUUAGCAUCAUCUGCCAACCCGAAGAUUGCGCUUCUAUUUUUUGA